CUGGAACGCAACUCGCCUCGCCUCGCCUCACACACCGCUCUCUCACCUGGCCGCUGCGGCGCCGUCCAGUAUCAUCGCCCCGCGGUGCAUUGCCAGCAGCACCCGGAACCACCACAACUGACGCCAAAGUUCACCAACAAUAGCACAGGCGUUCAAGCAUCGCCCAAGCCUGGCCUGGCCUGGCCCGGCCUGUCACCCAUACCUAUCCUUCUCUCUCCCUCCAGUGUUCGCCCUGUGGUCCGACACCCAUCUAUCUGGACAAACUCAGUCACAGACCCAACCCCGACCGCCCCGACACACGCUCAAACCCGAGUCCACGUAUGCGCCCAUAAGCAAAAGACGAGUCUAGACUGCCCGGCGGCCAGCACAAGCACUGAGUCUCGAGUCUGCACCGCUCUCUCUCGUCCCUCCAUCCCAAAACACGUCGCAGAACAACAUGUCCUGACUUCGUCCACCGUCCCCUGCCGAGUCAUGCCUGUCCAGUCCAAGCCCAUCCCCGCCCUCUACACGGUGUACAUCCUCCGUUCCACCGUACGCCACGCGUCUCUCUACAUCGGCUCGACGCCCAACCCCCCGCGCCGUCUGAAGCAGCACAAUGGCGAGGCCCGCGGCGGCGCUGUUCGCACUUCUCGUCUAAGCCUACGGCCCUGGGAGAUGGUGGGGCUGGUAUCCGGCUUCCCGGGCAUGGUUGCUGCUCUAAAGUUUGAAUGGGCGUUGACGAACCCACAUUUGUCUCUGCAUAUACCCUCCACGUCUCGCAUCACCGUCUCAAACGGAGUAAAGAAGAAUGGACGUCCCCGCCGACCUCGUGCUAGCCUCUCCUCGAUAUUGUCCAAUCUACAGCUCCUGCUAGGAGUACCGAGCUUCCGUCGGUGGCCGCUUACACUACACUUCUUUGCAAAGGAUGUACACAAAGCAUGGGUUUCCUCCUCUACCAAGUCAACCGAGCCUCUGCGAAACACCCUCAACAUAGUCACCGACUUCGGCCCCGACCCCGCCGCAUCUUCAGACGACGUCGCUUGGGGCAUCCAUGCCUUGCCUGUGGACUACACGCACAUGAAGCCAUACAUUGAAAAAGCACAGUCCGUCAUCGCCUUUGAAAGAGAGGGCAGCUGUGUAGUCUGCAAAGAGGCACUACCUCAAGGUCAGGGAUUACACGCCGUGUGUCCAAACGAGUCCUGUGAGGCUGUUGGGCAUCUUUCAUGCUGGAGUCGUCAUAUGCUCCACCAUGAAGAGGAUCGAGAAGUGGUCGUCCCUAUUCAGGGCCGUUGCCCACAAUGUGGGGGCCACAUUCAGUGGGUCGAUAUGAUGAAAGAAUUGUCACUACGGGAAAGGGGUGCGAAAGAAGUCGAGGCUCUUUUGAAAGUGAAGAAGAGGCGAACGAAGACUUGA